UAUUUGUAUGCCUGGGAAAUUCAGAUUUAUUUAAGAUUUAGGGGCAUCUCCAUUUGAGAAAAGAUGGCCGGGAAGAAAUAUAUCAAUAGGGAUGACAUGUUGGUUGAAAGAUUUCAGACAAAAUUCAAACUUUGUGUUCAUCUGGGAGACAGGUAGUAACAUGCUCUUGGCAGGGGGCGGGCAAUAUAUUUGGAGGCCAAAGUCAGUUUAAGAAUGAGUUGGAACUAAGUUUUGACAAUUGGCCUGUCAUGACUCACUGCUGCCCGCCUUGCUGCCGUCCAACCUGCUGUCAGACCACCUGCUGUCGGACUACCUCCUGCCGACCCAGCUGCUGCUGCCGACUGGCCUUACUUUCACCCUGCUGCCGCCCAACCUGCUGUCAGACCACCUGCUGUAAAACCACCUGCUGCCGACCCAGCUGCUGCUGCCGCCCUUGCUGUGUGCCCACCUGCUGUGGGUCCAGCUGCUGCGGGUCCACCAGCUGUGUGUCCAGCUGCUGCCAGCCUUGCUGCCGCCCAUGCUGUGUGUCCAGCUGCUGCCAGCCUUGCUGCCGCCCAUGCUGUGUGUCCAGCUGCUGCCAGCCUUGCUGUCGCCCAUGCUGUGUGUCCAGCUGCUGCCAGCCUUGCUGUCGCCCAUGCUGUGUGUCCAGCUGCUGCCAGCCUUGCUGCCACCCAACCUGCUUAUUCCUGACAUAG